AUGAAGGCGUCGCUGGGGCUGCGCGCGCUCGCCGCGCCGCGCGCCUCGGCACCAGCGAGUGAGGGGUGCGUGCUGCUGCGCAAUUUGCCGCGGACGUGUUUUCCGGAUGACCUGCGGCGGCUGCGUCCCGAAGGAAGCGGGGCGCGCGUCGACUUUUUGCGCACGGCUUCCUUGGACUGCACAGGCGAAGCGCUCGUGACGCUCGACGCGUGUCGCGACAGGCAGGACUAUGCGAGAGGCGUGGCAGGUGCGAGCAUCGGUGGCCAACAAAUCGAGGCGGAGCCGCUGAGCCUCGCUGACGCACUCAAGAAGAUGCGGUCCAAGUACGCCUCGUUCUCUGCCGAGACGCAAGCGGCCCUCGACAUUGUUGCUGCCGAGCCGUUUCGGUGCGUCAUCCUACGCAAUAUACCCCCGUUGACGACGGCCGCGAAACUCGAGCGCAAGCUGCGGCGUAGCUACGACUUGUUCGGCGAGGAAGGCGCGAUGGCUGCGCUCGAAGUGGAAGAUUUGCGCCCGAUUGGCAACGCGCCGAGCGGCGUCAGGAUACCAUCCGCACUGCUUGCGCGUGAGUGCACAUGCGUGGGCGCAGUGCACAAGCUACCUUUGGGGUACGUCGCGCGACUAACAUAG